AUGGCACGGCCAUCAAUUUCGCAACAAGAACAGCAUCGCCAUACCAAAGAUGAUUUAAAUAUUCCAAGCACACCACCGUCUCAAAAAUUACCUAUUGAUUCAAGAAAUGCAAGAUCAUCAUCACCUAAUAAAAUCAAGAGAUAUUCACUACCUCCAAACACAAUCAAAUUUGACUUAACCAAUCAAUCAACAAGCUCAAUCAAUUCUGAAGAUGAUUUAAGAUCAAUUUUCACUAAUAAAUCACAAAUUCCCCUUGAAAAAUUGAAACAAUUGUCUAAAAGUCCAAUGACUAGAAAAUUACAUGUUGUUCCGUCAAGUAACUAUUCAAUCCCAAUACCGUUUACAUUGAAAUUACCACCAAAAUUAAGUAAUAAUAAUUCACCGUCAUCUUCAUUAGAUACUACUCCAAAUUCAAGUAGAAAUACUUCACCUGAAAGAUCUCCUAAUAAAUCACCAAAAUCAAGAAGAAGUAAAUUGGUGUAUACUCCUCAAGGUUAUACCAAAGUUGAAAGUCUGUCUUCCUCAUCUGAAGAGGAAGAAUUAGACUCGAAUGAAGUCAAUAAUAAAAUUUCAUCACCAAAUAAAUCAUCACCUUCACCACCACCUGUAUUAACUAACAACACAAAAUAUCUGAAAUUGUCAUAUUCACAAAAUCAAAAACAAGCAGAUGAACUAAGCGUCAUUGAAGAAGUUUCAAUUAAUGGGUCAAGGCAUUCUAGUGCAGAGAGUUCAAAAUUGUUAUCUCAGCCAAGCAAAUUAAGCAGUAACAAUAACAGUAACAAUAAGAAUAGAAUUUCGUCGAAUAAAGUUUUACCACCAAUUCCUGAUAGCUCUAUUAGAAUUCAACCAAUGAAUCAUACACAACCUCCAACUCAAAAUAACAGUUAUCAAAUUCACGAAAAUAAAGAAUCGACAACUCUUAAAAAAAUGGUCAGAAAACCACCACCACCUAUUACUGAAUUUAAUAAAACGACUCCAUCAGUGAAUCGAAGGAGUACAACUGGAUUUAAAGCAGUUCAAUCAAUUCCAAAAUCAAGUAAGGAGAAUAAUUUACAACUACUUUCAUUUUCAAAUGCUCCAAAUUCAAAUUUCAAUCAUAUUCUAAAAAUUCACAAACGAAGUUUUAGUGAUGAAUCUCAUGUAAGUUCAGUUAGUGAUUUCAGUUCAGUUGGAGAUUUUAUAAAUAUGGCAAGAUUACAAGCAAUUACUACAGUGAAUCAAAAACCACAAACAGUUAACACUCAAACUUCAACCAACAAAGCUCAAUUGUUGCAAGUGCCAACGUUAUCUGAGAGAAAUGUUUCAUCAAGCAGUUCCAGCUCUACUAAUUCAAAUAAUAGUAAAGCAAGUUGGGAUUCAUUACAGAAAUCAGUAGAUAUCACAUUCAAAGAUGAGAAUGAGACCAAUUCAAAAAAUCUAAAUUGGGAAGAUACAGGUUCAUCAUCAGAAGAACAAGAAGAACCAACUGAACCUUUGAAAAUUAGUAGAUACCCCACAAAAGAAGUAGAUUUAUACACAGCUAAUAAUAACGGAUUAGGUAAAACUUUUAGCUUUCCAAACGAUGAAUCAAAUAUUACUAAUGACAAAACACUCAAGACUCAAGUAUCAAAGGAGCAGAAAAGAACAUAUAGACAUUCAUUAGGAAGUACAUUUAAUGGUCAAAUUGAAAUUCCUACACUUAAUGAUAUGAAAACCAUGAGUGAUAAUUAUUCAUCAAAAACACCAUCUUCAUAUAAUGGAACUACAUUUUCUGAUAUAAGGUCAGAAUCAUCAAUGUCUGAUGUAACAGAUACUAAUCAAACUCAUAAAGAUUUUAGAAAUUUAACAAUGCCUCCAUUACCUUCAAAUUCAAUAAAAUCUAAUAAUCGACACACAAGACACAAAUCAAUGUAUAAUAUUAAUUUUGAACCAGAUCAAACAAUGUUACCAACUCAUAAUAGAACAAAAUCAGCAAAUGAAUUAAAAUCAUAUAAAGAAGAUGUAGGAGAGAAAUUGAAUAUCAAAGUUACUGAACCUCCUGAAAUUAUUAAUUAUAAAGUUGAUUUCAAAGAGUCAAAGAAUUUAGAUGACGAAGAAUUUGGAAAUAGUAAAAACAUACCUGAAGAAUUGACAAGAUAUAAAAUUCCACAUGAGAAAGAUCCGGAAAGUGAAAGUGUGUCUAUUGAUUUAACGAAAGAAGAUUAUACUGUUUGUACUAUAAGCAGAAAAGAUUCUACAAUAUCAUAUAAAUCAGUGACGGAGAAUAUCAAAGGUAAGGAAGUAGAGGUAAUCUUACUUGAAGAAGAAGAAGACGAACGAGAUCAAGAAGAAGAGGAAGAUGAAUUAUUAAGUAUCUAUUCAAGAUAUAGACGACAUAAUGCAUGGUUGCAAAGAUCAAAUACAACAUCUACAACUACCAAUUCAUUCAAGUCAGCUACUUCGCAAGUUCAACAUACAAAACGACAAUCAAAUGAUUUAAAAUUAAGUUCGUUAUCAUCUGCAGGCAGAAUAAUACAAGAGCUUGAUCUUCGUAGAUCAAAUGGGUCACUUAAAUCAUCUACUUCAUCAAAUUAUAAAUCCAAUAGAAUACAAUUACCGGUAUCACCAACAAAAAAUCAUCAAAAGAUUAGAAGACAAACCAUGCCACCUCUUGAAAGUCAUUAUUUUGAUUAUGCAAGUAAUCAAAAUUACGACUUUAAUACAUUUAUGCAAGAAAGAUUUAGAAAUCAAACAUGA